AUUCGUUUCACGCCCUUAACCCCAACCCUAAUCGUAACGACAACCCGACAUAUAUGAAGAAUGGAGAUGAAAGGACAUCGAAGCCUUUCUUUUGAAACGUUUGGGAAAGUGCCCAAUAUUUUAGUCCAGACUGCACUUAAAUAAUAAAACUGAGGAAUAGUUGUUUAUGUUCUAAUCCGGGUAUGGAAGCCCAAGAUUUAUCACAGUGGACUUGGGUUUGUACGUGGACGUCUACCUAACAGAGGUAUGGAGUAAUUAUAUAGCUCUUCUUAAAAACAAACAUUGACCGGAGAGGUACGGAGAGGAGUAUAUAAGGGAAGUUCCACUUGGGCUGCGGUUCAAUUCAUCCAAAUAAGGUUGCGCUUGUACGUUGAGUCAUUCCAGAAUCGUGUGUCACAGAGCGUUUGUCAUCCCGUUGACAGUGGAUUUGUUGAAAAUAAAGUCUCUAGACAAGUUUCUAAGAACUAGUGACUUUCUGGUUGUCAAAUCCUACGUGCGUUUUGUUAUAUAUGUACUGUAUGUACACUGUUUGUAUAUUUGUUACAAACUUGAUAAAGUAUCUUUUGUUUACCUGUUUCUUAAACCUACCAAGGAAUUUAUAAUGAGUGAUGAUGAUCGAGACAUCUACAUUGAGAGCGAUGAAGGUGACGAAUCCGAUUCUACGCAGAGGCAUUCAAACAAUACCCAAUAUUCUCAAGCAGAAAAACGGGCACACCAUAAUGCGCUGGAACGGAAACGUCGGGAUCACAUUAAGGAUAAUUUCUCCCACCUUAGAGACAUUGUACCUACGUUGCAAGGAGAAAAGGUUGCAAGUAGGACACAAAUACUCAAGAAAACUGUUGAAUAUAUACGGUUUAUGCGACGUAAGAAUUCCUCCCAUCAACAGGAUAUUGCUGACUUGACACGGCAGAAUGAACUCUUGCAGUCUCAAACCCACUUGGCAACUUUUUUGCAUUUCUGACGUUGUAAGUGACAGAAAUGAAGCGUCUGAUCUUUGGCAAAAUAUGAACUCCUUUCUGGAUAUUUUUGAUCUGGUACACUCUUUACAUAAUAUCCAUGCGUUUAUUGCUGCCAAAUCUAAAAUAUUGAAAAAAAACUUGAAGGAGCCAUUGGAAACUCCCUGUUUUCACACUAUAUUUGCGUGCCAUCUGGUCAACGACAUCCACACCAAACUUUGUUUUAUUAUAAAAAGCAAUGGUUUCUGGAACACAUUUAUAAUUGUCUUCUACUUGUAUACCUGUAUGUUUGGUGCUUAGAAGGAAGACUUUUACAUUAGGUUUGCUUUUAUACACUGUAAGCAUGCAGUUUUCUGAUUUAUAUAAAUUUGAGGAAAACAAA